CCCUGAUAUGGUUUUGUGUUCUCAGUUUAGGACAUCAAGGGUCACCACGACCCUUCAUCAAAAGGAGAAAUAUCCUCUGAGGAUAACCAAGUGUGGCUAUGGCAUCUAACAGUCUUUUCAGCUCGGUCACUCCAUGUCAGCAGAACUUCUUCUGGGAGCCCAGCAGCAGCCGGAGGUUCAGCCCGCCCUCCAGCAGCGUGCUGCCCGGCAAGGGGAGCGAUGUGAACGGCGGGAGCGCGCAGCCCGAAGCGCAGCCAGCGGCGGCUCCCAGACUGCGCGCGCACGACAACAGGAGCAUGGUGGAGAUCAUCGCCGACCACCCGGCCGAGCUGGUGCGGACGGACAGCCCAAACUUUCUCUGCUCCGUGCUGCCGUCUCACUGGAGGUGCAACAAGACCCUGCCGGUGGCGUUUAAGGUCGUUGCACUAGGAGAUGUUCCUGAUGGAACAGUGGUAAGUAUGGCAGGAAACGAUGAGAACUACUCAGCUGAGCUGCGGAACGCCUCUGCAGUCAUGAAGAACCAAGUGGCACGCUUUAACGACCUGAGGUUCGUCGGCAGGAGUGGGCGAGGAAAGAGCUUCACUCUGACAAUCACAGUAUUCACAAACCCACCCCAAGUGGCUACUUACCACCGAGCCAUAAAGGUCACAGUGGAUGGACCGCGGGAGCCAAGAAGACACAGGCAGAAGUUGGAGGACCCUCCAAAGCCCGGGCUGUUCUCAGAGCGCCUGAGCGAGCUGGAACGCCUCCGCCAGACCACCAUGAGGGUCGCCGUGCCAACGCAGAGCCCCCGGCCCUCUCUCAACACCGCAGCCAACUCCUUCAGCCCACAGGGACAGACGCAAAUCUCAGACCCGCGGCAGGCCCAGUCGUCUCCACCCUGGUCGUACGAACAACCCUACACACCCUACCUGAGCCAGAUGACUUCUCCCUCCAUCCACUCCACCACCCCACUGUCCUCCACCCGAGCCACGGGCCUGCCAGCCAUCAGCGAUGUGCCAAGACGCCUCUCAGGUACGUCUGAUCUGAGCCCCUUCACGGCCGACCCACGCCAGUUUGAGCGUCAGUUCCCCAGCCUGUCCUCUCUCACCGAGACACGCUUCUCCAGUCCCAGGAUGCACUACCCGGGCACUUUCACCUACACUCCCACCCCGGUCACCUCGGGCAUGUCUCUGGGCAUGUCCACCACCACCCACUACCACACUUACCUUCCUCCACCCUACCCCGGCUCCACCCAGAACCAGAGCGGGCCCUUCCAGACCAGCAGCACCCCGUACCUUUACUACGGCACCUCUUCUGGGUCCUACCAGUUCUCUAUGGUUCCGGGGGGUGACCGCUCGCCGUCCCGCAUGCUGCCCCCCUGCACUAGCGCCUCCACGGGCAGCUCCUUGGUCAACCCCAACCUGCCCACUCAGACUGAGGGGGGUGAGGCGGACGGCAGCCACAGCAGCUCCCCCACCGUCCUCAGCUCCAGCGGCAGGAUGGACGAGUCUGUAUGGAGGCCAUAUUGAGAAGGUCCUUGGGCAACUAGCCCCAAGAAAGGCCAUCGCAGCACUGCUCGCCUCAAAGAUGUAAUGUAGUAGUUUCCAUCUAUGGUCCUGGAGUACUCAUGCCCUGCACAUUGUAGUGUUUUUCCUGCUCUAACACACCCACUUCAACUCAGCAAGGGCUUAGUGGUGUAAAUCUCAAACCUCAGAACAAUUCAAUUCAAUUACGAUUCUUUAGUAAAUUAUUUUGUGUAUCAGGAACUUUCAAAUUUGACCACAGUUUGAUUCAGUUAGAUCACUUUGAUUUAAUGCAAAAAUAUUUUAAAAAUACGCUGAAUACACAGAUUUGACUGGAGGUACACAGUAGGAACAAACUUAAAUAUGUAAUUUUCUGUCAAGUUUAGUGCACAAUU